AUGCUGAAGCCAUCUUCUUCCUUUUCUGUGACUGAAUCUGUAGAGAUGGUGGUGGAAGGCAGUAAAGGUGGGACCACUUCACUGGGGUCCAGUCACACCCAUGACUCUCAAAUCUCAGUGAACCGUCAGAACUACCAAGGGAGUGGCUAUGAAUCUGCAGCUAAGGACUUUGUCCCUGAUGACUUGGAAAUCCAGGUUCCUGGAAGAGCGUUCUUGGUCACCGGAGGCAACAGUGGCAUUGGAAAAGCAACUGCAACUGCAAUAGCCAAGCGGGGUGGCACAGUUCACCUGGUUUGUCGAGAUCAAAGUCGAGCUGAAGGUGCCAAAGGUGAGAUCAUCAGGGAGAGCGGUAACCAGAACAUCUUUCUGCACAUUUUGGACUUGUCUGAUCCCAAGAAAAUCUGGAAAUUUGUUGAAACUUUCAAGCAGGAACAUACACUCAAUGUUCUGAUCAAUAAUGCAGGUUGCAUGGUCAAUAAAAGAGAACUCACAGAAGAUGGACUUGAAAAAAACUUUGCGACCAAUACUCUGGGUGUCUACAUUCUCACCACGGCGCUGAUCCCUGUGCUGGAGAAAGAACAUGACCCCAGAGUGAUAACAGUCUCCUCAGGAGGGAUGUUGGUUCAGAAACUGAAUAUCCAUGAUCUCCAGUCAGAAAGGACGGCCUUCAAUGGGACGAUGGUCUACGCACACAACAAACGGCAGCAGGUGGUUCUGACCGAGCGCUGGGCCCAGCGGCAUCCGGCCAUCCACUUCUCAUCAAUGCAUCCCGGCUGGGUCGACACCCCAGCUGUGAGGCAGUCGAUGCCGGGGUUCCACGCCAGGCUCAAGGACAGGCUGCGCUCCGUGGCCCAAGGGGCAGACACCGUGCUGUGGCUAGCACUCAGCCCUGCCGCCCCCCUGCAGCCCAGUGGCCAGUUCUUUCAAGGUGACUUCCUCCCUGUGUGAAGGCUGCUUAUGCCUUCGUUCUCCAAAACCACAGUGGGGGCCUCUGAGGAGGGCCUUUUUCUCCAUGAAUCUUGGGGGUGGGAAUAUCCCCCUUCCUGUGAUUGUGCCCAGAGAGAGAUGCCCUUCACCCAUGUGAGGUGUUUUGUGUGGUGCCUCACCUUUGAUUUUGCAAGCCCCUCUCCCAGCUUCCUAUUGCUUUUUCUGAACUAGGUGGGUCCCCGGGUGAUGA